AAACUGGAUCUCUUUAUCAAAAUUCCCUUGAUUUUUCUGCCAAAAUUUCAUCGACAAGGGUUUAAGGAGGGGUUGUUUCCUCACCAUUCAACCACUAGUCCAUUUCUCUGCAACACACUCUCUUUCUACUCUAAACCCCAAUUUGCAGAACUGGCUUUAACAGUCCCAUAUCUCCCUUCUCCAACUCAAUUACAUCAACCAUGGAGAAGAGGAGGAGGAGGAAAAACUCAAAAAAAAUCAGUCAAAAUCAUCAAAUUUUUACCCUUCAAUUCUAUCUUCAAUAAUCCUAACCCAAAGCUUAACAAUUCCAUCUCUUCUCAAUUGAAUUCACUCCAGCUUCCAACCUUAUCCGUUUCUAUCAACAACAACAACACCAGCACCAAGAAUAUUCUUUCAGAUUUUGAAGAAUCAAUUUCUAGAGUUUUCUAUGAAGAUCCACCUUGGAUUUCUUGCAUUUUAUCAAACCCUAAUCUCAAAAAACAAUCUCUGUCUUCUGAUGGUGAUGACAGAGUAGCUAAGAAAAAGAAAUAUGAUUCACUAAGAAGGAGACAGAUUAAGAUGGAAACUGAAGCAUGGGAGAAAAUGGCACAAGAGUAUAGAGAUUUACAAAGAGAAAUGUUAGAGAAGAAAUUAGCUCCUAAUUUGCCUUAUGUUAAGUCAUUAUUUCUUGGUUGGUUUGAGUCAUUGAGGGAUGCAAUUGCUAAAGAUCAAAUUUUGCAAGAGAGUAAGAAGCAGAAAGCUGCUUAUGCUACUCAAAUUGGUCUAUUACCUGCUGAUAAAAUGGCUGUUAUUGUUAUGCAUAAGAUGAUGGGGUUAUUGAUGACUGGACAUGAAGAUGGAUGUGUUCGAGUUGUUCAAGCUGCAGUUCACAUCGGUGAAGCUGUGGAACAAGAGGUGAGGAUUCAUACUUUCUUGGAGAACUCUAAGAACUAUAGAAGGGGAAGGAGGAAUGAUGUCGAUAAAGACGAGGCUUUGAUUAAAGAGCAGGCCAUUUUGAGGAAACGUGUUAAUACUUUGAUCAAGAAGCAAAAAGUAACAGAGGUUCAGAGGUUGGUAACAAGUGAAGAAAGUACGUCUUGGGGCCGAGAUGCCCAGGCUAAGCUGGGAAGUCGUCUCUUAGAAUUAUUAACAGAGACAGCCUUUGUUCAUCCUCCAAUAAACCAGUUAGCAGAUAGUCCACCGGAUAUUCGACCCGCAUUUAGGCACACUCUUAAAACUAUCAGGAAGGGAUCAGGGCCUGGAUGUGGGAAAAGAUAUGGGGUUAUAGAGUGCGAUGAACUAGUUCACAAAGGGCUUGAUGGAACUGUUAGGCACAUGGAGAUGUCGUACAUGCCAAUGUUAAUACCACCAAAGAAAUGGAAAGGGUAUCAAACAGGUGGCCACUUGUUUUUACCUUCUUAUGUAAUGCGUACACAUGGUGCCAGGCAGCAACAGGAAGCAGUUAAGAGUGUUCCUCGAAAACAGAUGCAGAGAGUGUUCGAGGCAUUGGAUACACUGGGAAGAACAAAAUGGCGGGUGAAUAAGAGAGUUCUUGAGGUCAUAGAGGCUGUCUGGGCCAGAGGUGGUAAUGUAGCUGGACUGGUCGAUCGUGAAGAUCUGCUGAUACCAGAGGAGCCACACUCAGAUGGUGCGAUCGAAAUCCAAAAAUGGAAAUGGAGUGUGAGUAAAGCAAAUAAGUGUAACCGGGAGAGGCAUGCUCAGAGAUGUGACAUUGAACUUAAGCUUUCUGUGGCCCGAAAAAUGAAAGAUGAGGAAGGCUUCUACUAUCCUCACAAUCUAGAUUUUCGUGGCCGUGCGUAUCCCAUGCAUUCACAUUUGAAUCAUCUUAGUUCAGAUCUUUGUCGAGGUGUUCUGGAGUUUGCUGAAGGCAGACCACUAGGAAGAGCUGGCUUGCGCUGGCUGAAGAUUCAUUUGGCAAAUCUAUAUGCAGGCGGUGUUGAUAAGCUCCCCUAUGAAGAGCGUGUAAUGUUUGUGGAUAAUCACCUGGAUGAUAUAUUAGAUUCAGCACAGAGGCCGAUUGAUGGAAAACGUUGGUGGUUAAGUGCAGAAGAUCCUUUCCAGUGCUUAGCAGCAUGUAUGAAUCUGUCAGACUCCCUGAGGAGCUCGUCACCAUACACUGUCAUCUCCCACCUGCCAAUUCAUCAAGAUGGAUCAUGCAACGGUUUGCAGCACUAUGCAGCCCUUGGGAGAGACAGUUUGGAGGCAGCUGCAGUAAAUUUAAUAGCGGGAGAAAGGCCGGCAGAUGUUUAUUCAGAAAUAGCUGCUAGAGUUCAUGAUAUUAUGAAAAGAGACUGCAGCAAAGAUCCGGCAACUCAUUCAGCUGCGUGGCUAGCAAAUCUCUUAAUUGAUCAGGUAGACAGGAAAUUGGUGAAACAAACUGUGAUGACCUCAGUGUAUGGCGUAACUUACAUUGGUGCACGUGAGCAGAUUAAGAGGAGAUUAAUGGAAAGGGGUAACAUUACUGAUGACCGAUUGUUGUUCAGUGCAUCUUGUUAUGCAGCUAAAGUGACGAUGACUGCACUUGGGGAGAUGUUUCAAGCUGCUCGUAGUAUUAUGGGAUGGCUUGGUGAUUGUGCAAAGGUAAUCGCGUCAGAAAAUGAGCCUGUGAGGUGGACUACUCCUCUGGGGCUCCCAGUUGUGCAACCUUACCGCAAACCUGAAAGGCAUCUUAUCAGAACUUCCCUUCAGGUUUUAGCUUUGCAGCGAGAGGGCGACUCCGUUGAUGUCAAGAAGCAGAAGAGCGCUUUUCCUCCAAACUUUGUGCACUCGCUUGAUGGUUCUCACAUGAUGAUGACUGCUGUUGCCUGCAGGGAUGCAGGAUUGCAUUUUGCAGGGGUUCAUGACUCCUUCUGGACACAUGCAUGUGAUGUCGACAAGAUGAACCUAAUUUUGAGAGAGAAAUUUGUAGAGCUUUACAAUAUGCCUAUACUUGAGAAUUUGUUGGAGAGCUUCCAGACAUCGUUCCCAACUUUGUCAUUUCCUCCCCUUCCAGAUAGAGGUGACUUCGACCUGGAAAAUGUUCAUGAGUCUCCUUAUUUUUUCAAUUGAUCCUUGCAAGUGAGGAAUAAGGAUGACGAGGGGGUUACAACAACUAUCAAUGGUAUGAGGAGGAUGGGGUGCCAAUAGUCUUCAAUCAUUAUUAGUGUUUUGCAAGGCUUAUGAGAAGAUUCCAAGGGUAGACAAAGUACCUGUAGUUUUGAAAGGUUCUUUUCAUCGACAUGUUUUGAUCGACCAGACUUCCUGUUCGAUUCUAGUCAUGGCCCAUGUGAAACAUCAUUUAGUUGAUGAUGCUUUGGAAGUCCCAAAGGAGAAGCUAGUAUUCGAGGACAACUUGAAUCAUUUGUUAAUUUGCAUCUGCAAAGAGCCUGAUCAACACGAGGAAUGCAGUAAGAAUAUUUACUCAAAUGCCCACAUUUGAGAGCAAUCCUAAUUUGCACAGAGCUUGCACAAUGAUAGACAUCUAUGGUUUCAUUGGUCGAUUUGAUGAAGCAAGAGACCUUUAAUUGAAGCUGAAAUCUUUGGGUAUUACUUUGGAUAUGGUUACGUAUAGGUUGUAAGAGGCUUCUUUGGUUUUAUAGGAAACGGAAAAGCAGAAGGGAAUUGUUUCGGAUGUUUUUCUGUUCAUGAUAUGCUUCGGAUUUAUCAACAGUGUCUUGUUCAACAAAAGUUGGAUUACAUAUAUUACCAGACACUGAAAACCGGGAUUGCAGCUUCAAUUAAAGGAAUUGUGGUUUCAGAAAAACAGUAGACUUUUUGAUGAAAUUCAGCCUAAUGCUCAAGUUUCAAAAGUAGGAUCAUGAAGAUGGUGUACGAAGGAGGUUUGAGAAUGAAGGGAAACAAAUGGAAUCAAAAUUAUGAUCUCCAGGUUAUAUCAUUCUUUAACUUGGGUCCCUGAAAUUCAAGAUAGUGAUUUUACUCUAUUCUAUUGUAAUGGAGCUUCAUGUGGAAAUUCAGGAGCAACUGGUUUUGGAAUUGUUGAGUUGCGCUGUGACGAGAUCACUCUCGUGACAGAAAUCAUAAGGGUGCACUUGUUAGCCCUUGGAUAUUACACCACUUAUAAACACACAUCCGCUGAGAGGAUUAGAAAUAAAAUAAAAUAAUUUUUAUUACAGUAUAACGUAGUACUACGCAGUUGGAGCUUAGCUUAUUAGGUUCCCAACCAAUUUCUUGUAAUAAUACCCUUUAUAUCUAAUAAUAAAAAGAUA